AUGGAAUCUUCCUCUGAGCAACAAAAACAGCCGACCCCUUUUCCUCAUGGCGCAUUUCUCCCCAACGGUCAUCAGACCGACCCAGCACUCCCUCCUGGCCACCCUACAGUCGGCUACAAGUUGAACCACUUCAUGCUUCGUAUCCGUGAUCCCGCCAAAUCAAUACCAUUUUAUGUCGACCUGAUGGGCAUGAGGACUGUCUUCACCAUGAAUGUCGGUCCCUUCACAAUCUACUACCUCGGAUAUCCUCAAACCGACGAGCAUCGGGCGGACCUUGCCAAAUUUGGCGCCGACACGGCUGGCAAUCUGCAACAUACCCUUGGGCUGUUGGAACUGUAUCAUGUCCAUGGAUCCGAGAAGCAGGAACCCGGCUAUUACUCCACGGGCAAUGAACCAGGUCAUCUAGGAUUCGGCCACCUGGGAUUCACAGUGCCGAAUGUCCCUAAGGCGUUGCAACGAUUGAAGGACGCGGGCGUCGAAGUGGUAAAGGACCUCGGCGUUUGUACCAGACAGUCGAUCCCGAUCACUGAUUGGGAAAAUGAGCAAGGAGUCGGCGUGGAGGUGAAAGGCACCGAAAGUGAAAUCCACCCAGAAUAUGCGAAAGUAUUCAACAAGAUUGCGUUUGUAAAGGAUCCGGAUGGGUAUAUCGUUGAGCUCGUUCCGCAGAACAUGGAUCCCAUGGAUCCGUGA